AUGCCUCCCCGGAUCCCAACCCAAGAAGACUUCGAACAAGUCCAAAAGGUUCUACCCCUAGCCCUCGCCUUUCCAAACCCCCCGGAAUCCACAACCGCAAUCCUCCUCCUCUUCCACGGCCUGGGCGACUCCGAAGCGCCCUUCGCCUCCUUCGCCCGCGCAAUGUCCCUCCCCGGCGUCCUCUCUAUCUCAGUCCGCGGUCCCUCUCCGCUGCCCCCGUCCAUGCUGCCCGAUGAUGGCCCUUCCUCCACCAGCUCCUCCGCUGGCGCUGGCGCGGGUCACUUCCACUGGGGCGACGACAUUACCUUCGUCCCCUCGACAGACUCCCUCGCCCCGGACCCGGGCUUUUCUAAAUCCUCCACCCUCGUCGUGGACCGCCUCAUUCAUGAGACCCUCGUCGCCCGCUGCGGCUGGGAGCUCAGCGACAUCAUCCUUUUCGGCUUCGGCCAAGGAGGGUCCCUGGCCUUGGGCAUCGCAUCGCAGCUCCGUCUCGGUCAAAAGGUCGUUGAUGUGACAGAUGUUCCCAGCCCUGCUGCUUCUGCAUCCAAACCCAAGAGGAGUGAUGGCCACUUUGACGAAAACACGCUCAAGGGCGUCCUCUCCAUCGGAGGUCCCUUGCCGCACUCCAUGGUUCCGACAGUCAGCACGCGGGGGAAGUGCAAGACGAAAGCGUGUCUCGUCCAGCUUGAUAACGACGCCUUCGAUGCCGUAAAGGAAGAGUUUCUCGACGUCAGGCUCGUAAAGUGGAAGAGGAAAGACGCGGCUAUGCCCCGCGAUCGGGAGGAAAUGUUCCCUCUGAUGAAGUUCCUCGCAGAAUGCCUCAAGAGUGGAUGGUGA